AUGGUAAAACUCAUUAUUUUAAUCACUUUACUUAUUACUCAUAUAGUGUAUGAAUCUGAAGGAAUAUUCUUGAUGCAAGGUCAAGAGGCCAACUUGAUUUUCCCGUAUCCCUGUGAUAGUACAAAAAUUACAUUACAACAAUCUAACAGAUGGCCACUUUAUAGGUCAACAAAAGGGUCAUCACUGUCUUUGCCUGCAAAUCAGGUCCAGAGAUUUGAGGUUAAUAAUAUGAUUAUCAAAGGUAACUGCUCGCUGGAUCUUACAAUAAGAGAUCUAAUGAAAGAUGAUCAAGGAACAUACAUUUUGUUAGUAUAUAAGGAUGGUGACAUAAUAGGUGAUGGUACACAUAGAGUAUGGCUUGAGGUAGACUAUCCUCCUGGUAAUGCCUCAUGUGUUGUAGGUAAUGAUAGAGGCGGAGAUUGGGUGGCAGUAGACUGUACAGCUAAAGCUGGUAGUCUACCAGGAAAUAUUGAAUGCUAUCAAGAUGGUCUAUGGAUGCCUCCGUUGACAAAACCUAUUGAAACUGGCUCUCUUCUGAAACAGACUCUUCUCAUUAGAAAAUCACAGCCAGUAUUUUGUUGCUCUUCUGAUCGGCAGGAAGAUAAAUCAAGAUGUGCAUGUGAUGAUUGUGCAUUGUUUCUACAGAAUAUCCAUAGCACAGACCCAUGCCCUACCGAACCAAUCGUGACAAAAAUACCAACAAUAAGUACAAUAAUGAGCACAAAAAAUAAGUACAAGCCUACAGACGUGGCAGCAAUUAUGAUGUCUACUGUUUUCGUCUUGUCAACAUCUACUAAUGAAAUGAAAAACACAGGAAAAGAACCAAAAGCAGUUAUAUAUUCUUUGACAAUACCUGUCGCCAUGGUUUCAUUUAUUUUAAUCAUGUACUAUGUCUGGAAUAAAGCUAGUCGAGCCAAUGUUGGUCAGAAGACCAACCUCCAUCGAAAAACCUAUAAACGGGCCUAUACUGAAAAACGUGCCAAAGGUGUAACGGAGAAACAGAUUACAAAUCAUUGUUAUCAGCCCCUUAAACAUGUUAAACGGUCUGCUGAGAUAUCUGAUGAAUUUGGUAUAAACAGAAAUGAAAGUCGAGCCAUGACGAUGUGA